AUGGUUUUGCUGCUUCUUUUUCAGGGUAAAUUCACGUUGCUGUGUGAUACCAGAACAGAUGGCAGCUUCCUGGUGCACCAUUUCCUCUCCUUCUACCUCAGAGCUGGCUGUAAGGUUUGCUUCGUGGCACUGCUCCAGUCCUUCAGUCACUACAGCGUCGUGGCACAGAAGCUGGGAGUCAGCCUGACAGCUGCCAAGGAGAGGGGACAGCUUGUGUUCCUGGAAGGCCUGAAAUCCUGCCUUGACCUGUUGUUUGGAGAGGAGGAGGAGCAGUCAGGACAGCCCAGUCCUCUUCAGUUCCUCAG